AUGAAUAGGUAUAAAAAAUAUUUUGAAGUAGGAGAUGAAGGAAUAACAAAACGAACUGCUCAACGAUAUAAAAAUGUUCUUAAUCAAACAGAUACAUUUGAUGAGAUAUGCAGUAGUCAAACCUCACUUGUACAAGCGGAGGAAAAUAACUCCACCGAUGAAUUGUGCGAAGGAAGCAGUAACGAAAACAUGACAUUUUCUGCAUAUGAAUCACAAGAUCACGACUUGAGCAGCUAUUUAGGUAGCAUUAUGUUAGAUGGCGUGAAAGAAAACCAAGAUCAGUCUUUUAAGUGCCCUAAAAGCUUAGCUGAAAUGAUGAAUAAUGUUGAUUUUAUGGAUUCUAUAAAAGUAUCUGUCAAUAUAAAAAAAGGAGAGUUAUUUUUAAUGAUUUUAAAAUUUUGUAUUACAAAUAGUUUAUCGGUUACAGCCAUGACAAAUUUAUUUAAAUUGAUAAAUAUAAUUUUUGACUCGCCAAUCCUGCCAGAUUCUCGAUAUUCUCUUGAUAAAUUGUUGAACCCAAAAGAACACGCAGAGUUUCAUGCAGUUUGUCAUAAUUGUACAGCUUAUGUAGGAAAAUUUGGCGAAAUAUCCUCUGUAAAGAACUGUAAAAUAUGUGAAGCUGAAUUGGAUUUAGAUAACCCUAGUAGUACCAGUUUUUUCGUUCUUCUUGAUCCAUCGACACAAAUACAAAAUUUAUUAAACUUGUAUGAAGAUCAUUAUGAGUACGUUGUAAACGAAAGAAUUUCAAAACCUGAUCGUAUAGAAGAUGUAUACGAUGGUAAAGAAUAUCGUAAAUUUGUUAAGACCUUACCGCCAGAAGAAAAAGUGCUCACAAUAUUCUAUUUGGCCUUUGUAUCUGAUGUUAAAUGAAUUGCCUAAACAACAACGAAUGCAGAAGUUAAUCACCUGUGGAUUGUGGUUUAAUAAAAAAAAACCAAACAUGAGUAUUUUUUUAAAUUCAUUUGUUGAUAUUAUUAAUAAAUCCACUAAAGAUAUUGUGUGUACUGUACAUAAUCAACAAAAAAUUGUAAAACUUUACGUUGUAACCUGCUGUGUAGAUUCUGUGGCUAGAGCGCCAGUUCAGGGUAUUAAACAGUUCAAUGGUAGUUGUGGGUGUAGCUGGUGCCUGCAUCCAGGACAAUGGGCUGAAGGGAGUAUGAGGUACUUUUUACUAACAUCUCCUCCUGAGUCUCGAGUUCAUACAAAAACUGUGGAAGACAUGAUGAUUGCAACGCCUACUAAUCCUAUUAACGGUAUUAAAUAUCCAUCACCUCUUAUAAACUUUUCAAAGUUUAAUAUUAUAUCUGGCUUCUCAGUCGAUUAUCUUCAUUGUUGUUUAGAGGGCGUUGCAAGCCAGCUUACGAAUUAUUAUUUACUGUCAAUGAGUAAAGAUGAUCUUGAAGAACUUGAUGAAAAGAUAAAAAAAAUUACAGCUCCACACCAAAUUUCUCGUUUAACCAGAUCAAUAAGUUCCAGAAAUGAUUGGAAGGCUGGCGAGUGGGAGAACUAUGUUUUGUAUUAUAGUGUACCUCUAUUAGAAGAACAUAUAAGCAGAAAGCACCUUUUUCAUUGGCUUCUUUUUGUAGAAAGCUUAUAUAUUCUUUUGCAAAGUAGUAUUAACAUCGAACAAUUAAAUAAGGCCAAUGAAAUGUUGUACGAAUUUGUAGCGAAAUGUGAGGAAUAUUUCGGAAUUAAAGCAAUGACCUAUAAUGUCCACCAAUUACUACAUAUAUCUGAAUAUGUAUUAAAUUGGGGGCCAUUGUGGUGUCAGUCUACAUUUUGUUUUGAAUCUGCGAAUCGAUAUUUAUUAGGAGCAAUAAAAUGUUCAAAAGAUGUCACAUUACAAAUCAUAAGAUAUGUUAAUAUAAACCAUAUGAUUUCUAUUGUACAAGAAUAC